CUGCAGUCCUCGUUCUAGGCGCAGCUAAAUAAACUGCGGUGUUUGGGGACCAUGGCUACAGACCCACUCUCGGAGCUUCAGGAUGACCUGAAUUUGGAUGAUACCACUCAGUCCCUUGGCCAGCUCAAACUGGCCUCCAUAGAUGAUAAGAACUGGCCAGCAGAUGAAGCCCCUGCUUUUCCAAAAUCAGAGGACUUCAAAGGUUCCCCUGAGCCCAUCACUCACCUGCAGUGGGAUGACCCCUACUAUGAUAUCGCCAGGCACCACAUUGUGGAGGUAGCAGGUGAUGACAAAUACGGAAGAAAAGUCAUUUUGUUCAGUGCCUGCCGGAUGCCCCCAAGUCAUCAGCUAGAUCAUGUGAAACUGCUGGGGUACCUGAAAUUCACACUGGACCAAUAUGUGGAGAGUGAUUACACACUGGUGUACCUGCACCAUGGCCUGACCAGUGAGAACAAGCCAUCCCUGAGCUGGCUGCGGGAUGCCUACAGGGAAUUUGAUCGCAAGUACAAGAAGAACAUCAAAGCCUUGUAUAUUGUACACCCAACAAUGUUCAUCAAGACCCUGCUGAUUCUCUUUAAGCCUCUGAUCAGCUUUAAAUUUGGACGAAAGAUUUUUUAUGUGAAUUACCUUAGUGAGCUGGAGGAGUAUGUGAAGCUGGAACAGUUGGGGAUCCCAAGCCAAGUGCUGAAAUAUGAUGAAUACCUGAGAUCUCUGCAGAAACCUUUACAAGUGCCCCAGAAGCCAACACCCCCACGCCCACCGCUGCCAAACCAGCAGUUUGGAGUCUCACUACAGCAUCUUAGGGAGAGGAGCCCUGAUCAGUCUCCUGUUCCUCUGGUGGUCAGAGACACCAUUGCUCAUUUGCAGGAGCAUGCUCUUGCUACAGAGGGGAUUUUCCGGAGAUCAGCAAAUACACAGGUUGUCAGAGAGGUCCAGCAAAAAUACAACAUGGGUGUGCCUGUAGAUUUCCAGCAGUAUGAAGAUGUCCACCUCCCUGCCGUGAUUCUCAAGACAUUUUUGAGGGAGCUACCUGAGCCCCUUCUCACUUUUGGUCUCUAUAGCCAUGUUGUCAGCUUCCAGAGUGAGUGUGGACGAAGAGAAUCGUGUGGAUGUUGUUCGCAAAACACUCCAGACUUUGCCAGAAGAAAACUACCAAGUGCUCCAUAUAUUGACAGCCUUUCUGGUGCAGGGAAGCUGAAAGCUCCCCAGGGUGGAGGUACAAUUGUGAAAUACCUGAGUAGAAGAGGGGUGUCAGAUCUGCCCUACAGAACUUUCUGCUGCCAAGAAAGACACUGCAUGGCUAUUCUAGCAAGUGGGAAGGUCUCUGCUCACAGUGAGAGAAACAAGAUGACAAAUGCCAACCUGGCAGUCGUGUUUGGCCCAAAUCUGCUGUGGGCCAAAGAUGUAGCCAUCACCCUAAAAGCCAUCAACCCCAUUAAUACCUUUACCAAAUUCAAAACCAGAAGGAGUGAGGAUGCGGAGGCCUGA